UUGGACUUGACGCAGGUCUACAACAGGGGGGUCGGGAACAAACACGGCAGUUAUCAUGUGAGGAACAGCUCUGUCAACCACAACAUUAGUGUGUUAGUGAGACAGUAACCGAGCUGUGAGGAUACUUUGUGACUUCCACUGCCGACAUACAGAGAAUAAAAGCAGGAGGACUCCGGCGGGACCGUUGGCAUCAUCCUUGGUGUGUAUUUCAGGGACUCUCCGCCGAGCCAGCUAAACAUGGCGGCACACACCACAUCAUAGGCAUCCAGCACUGACAUUGUGAGUGAACAGGAGAAGGAAACAGGAAAGGAAGAAGAGAGAGUGUUAAGAGGAGAUUGGACACUGUUUGCCAUCAGAGCAGAUGGGUGAGACAGAGGAUGAGCGUACGGCACAGGCUAGCCAGCUCUUUGAAAACUUUGUCCAGACGUCCACCUGUAAGGGGACUCUUCAGGCCUUCAGCAUCCUCUGCAGGCAGCUGGAGCUGGAUCCUCUGGACUACAGCAACUUCUACAACUCACUGAAGGCUGCAAUCACCUCCUGGAAGGUCAAAGCUCUGUGGACCAAACUGGAUAAAAGGGCUCAGCACAAGGUGUACAACCAGAAUAAAGCCUGCCAGGGCACCAGGUGUCUGAUCAUCGGCGGGGGUCCUUGUGGUCUGCGGACAGCCAUCGAGCUGGCCCUGCUGGGCUGUAAGGUGGUGGUGAUCGAGAAGAGAGACACCUUCUCCAGGAACAAUGUGCUCCACCUAUGGCCCUACACCAUCCACGACCUCAGGGGCCUCGGGGCCAAGAAGUUCUACGGGAAAUUCUGUGCAGGUGCCAUCGACCACAUCAGUAUCCGUCAGCUCCAGCUGAUGCUGCUGAAAGUGUGUCUGAUUCUGGGCGUGGAGAUUCAUGUCAACGUAGAGUUCGUCAAACUCCUGGAGCCUCCAGAGGAGCAGACUGGCGACAGUCCUGGGUGGCGAGCAGAGGUCCGGCCAUCCAGCCAUCCUGUCUCGGACUUUGACUUCGACGUAGUGAUUGGAGCCGAUGGACGCAAAAACACGUUAGAUGGUUUCGCCCGCAAGGAGUUUCGCGGGAAGCUGGCCAUCGCCAUCACCGCUAACUUUGUCAACAGGAACACUACAGCAGAGGCCAAAGUGGAGGAGAUCAGUGGUGUAGCCUUCAUCUUUAACCAGAAGUUCUUCCUGGAACUCAGGGAGGAAACAGGAAUUGACUUGGAGAACAUAGUUUACUACAAAGACAACACCCACUACUUUGUCAUGACGGCGAAGAAGCAGAGUCUGCUGGACAAAGGGGUCAUCAUAAAUGACUACAUGGAAACAGAGCGUCUGCUGAGCAUUGACAAUGUCAACCACGAAGCGUUACUCUCCUAUGCCCGUGAAGCAGCUGACUUUGGCACAAACUACCAGCUGCCAUCACUGGACUACGCCAUCAACCACUACGGACAGCCGGACGUGGCAAUGUUUGACUUCACCUGCAUGUACGCUUCAGAGAAUGCUGCCUUGAUCAGGGAGAAACACGGACAUCAGCUACUGGUCGCACUGGUGGGAGAUAGUCUGCUUGAGCCCUUCUGGCCCAUGGGUACAGGUUGUGCUCGGGGGUUUCUGGCAGCCUUCGACACAGCUUGGAUGGUGAGGGGCUGGACACAGGGCAGGAGCCCCCUGGAGGUACUGGCUGAGAGGGAGAGUAUCUACCGGCUGCUGCCUCAAACCACCACAGAGAACAUCAGUAAAAACUUUGAACAGUACGCCAUUGACCCUGCAACCCGCUACCCCAACCUCAACUCCAGCUGUGUACGCCCCCACCAGGUGCGUCACCUGUUCAUCGACGGCCAACAGGACUCGCAUCGCCGGGAAAGAGGAGGUCCCACAGGUAGAUCAGUCAACCUGUCCAGAAGAGAGUCCGAGGUGCGACCGAGCCGGCUGCUGACCUGGUGUCAGAGGCAGACUCAGGGAUACCGAGGAGUCAGUAUCACCAACCUCACAUCUUCCUGGAGGAAUGGCCUGGCCCUCUGCGCUCUCAUACACCGCCAGAGACCUGAGCUCAUUGACUAUGACUCCCUCAACGAGGAGGAUGUGGCGGGGAACAACCAGUUGGCGUUUGACGUGGCUGAGCGACAGCUGGGCAUCCAGCCAGUGACCACGGGAAAGGAGAUGGCUGCGAAGGCAGAACCAGACAAGCUGCUGAUGGUCCUCUACCUCUCCAAAUUCUAUGAGGCCUUCAGGAACUCACCAUUAAAUAACGAUGGUUCAAGAGAACCAGACGAGAAUAGUGAAGAAUAUUCAGCUAAAACCAGCCACACCCAGCCUCAGCCCAGGAAGAGGAUACCCAGGGAUGACAAGAAACUGGAAGACGACUCUGUUAACAAGAGACGACGAAAGGGCAACCACUACCUCACAGAGUUAUCCUGUCACAGUGCCCCCCCUGCAGGUGAGGAUGGAGAGCUGCGGGAGAACAAGGUCCGCUCCAUGGCAACUCAGCUGCUGGCCAAAUUUGAGGAGAACUCAUCAACAACAAAGACACGCAGCAAGUCUGACGAGGACUCGUCCAAUCCAUCUUUUUCUCCUCCUCUGUCUCCUGCCUCCACCCCCCCUCCUCUCUCAGAUGAGGAAGAGGAGGAGGAGGAGGAGGAGGAGUAUGAAAACCCUCGUUUUGCAAAGCCCAAGGAUGCCCCCCCUCCUCCUCCUCGGCCUCCCCCUCGCCCCAAGUGGCAGCCUUCCAUCUACCUUCGCUUACUGGAGAAUCCCACUUCUGUGGCUGAGCAAACCAGUUUCCUCUAUUCCCCCAAACCCAGUCGCUCUCCUUCGCCCUCACGCUCUAAGAGCCCAUUAAGCUCACCAAGCCCCAAUGUUACUGAACAGCACUACCCAGAACGCACCUCUCCUGACCUAAGAACAAGUCAUUUCUCUGCUUCUGCUCUGUUGGGUGUCGAUCGUCCCUCCAAGAGGUCAGAGGAGGAGAUGCAGCAGAGUAAAGCCCAGAGACUGACUACUAGAGAAUUCUCCAGAAGGAGUAUAAAGGAUCGAGCUGUCCUCCUCUCCUCCUUGUUUCCUGGGUCCAACAAACCUCCUCCUGCUCCUCCUUCUCCUCUUUCUGAAACACAGGUGGAACUAUCUACCUCUUCCCCUCCUUCCUUGUCUCCUACUCCUCCUUCCUCUGUAUCUGAGAGCUCAACCAUCUACUCGAUGGUCCACCCUGUCCCUGACCCCACCGCCCAGGCUGGUUUCUCCUCUGUCCCCCUUUACACUGCUGCACACAAGAACAAGAAACACUCUUCUACUCCUUCGUCUUAUACUGACUCUGACAAACCAGAGGAAAUCGCUCUCCAUUUUGAUUCCUCCACGUGCAACAAAACUUCUAUUCAUCUGUCUUCAUCUUGCUCUGAUGACAGCCAGGAGAUCACGUCUCGACUUUCUGAAAUUAACUGUGAAAAUGGACACAGCAGCUCUUCUCCUCUUCCAGUUUCUGCGCUGCAGGAGGGAAAGUGUGCAAGAACAGGUUACAGUUCUCGAGAUAAUCUUGAAAACGGAAAGGAAAAGUUCCGCAAAACUGCUCAUGAGACGUUUGACAACGACAAAUGCGAUGAAAAUGGUCACGCAAAGUGCAAUGGGAGCUGUGCUCUUGAGAACCCCAGAAGAAUCGCUCACAAGUCAAUUGUUCGCUCUGAGAGUUGUCCAAUCGGCGUUCCAAGUUACAUUAAAGAGCGUACAGUUGGGAAGGUAUCAUCAACCAUAGAUGCUAAAGCUCAGAAACUGGCCAUCCUGUAUGAGACAGACCACAGGCCCAAUGCCACACCGAGUGUGGUGCGUAAGGCUUUCCCUCCCGGGCUUGGUGGCAGCGAUAUCUGCCACUUCUGCUCCAAGCGGGUCUAUGUGAUGGAGAGACUGAGCACUGAGGGCUACUUCUUCCACCGCGAGUGUUUCCGCUGUGACGUCUGUAACUGCACCCUGCGUCUGGGCGGGCACGCCUUCGACUCCCAGGGGGCAAAGUUCUACUGCAAGAUGCAUUAUGCCCAGCGCCAAUCCAGCACUCACAUGGGCAGGUUCAGGAGGAGAACGGAUGACCAAAGCCGCGCCACGCCGUCAUCGUUGGACAGUGGGAACUACUCUGCGACAGACAGCGUCCAGAUACAACCCGCAGGUGGGGCAUCCAGCUUGCAUUCAGAGCAGCUUGAUGACGGUCAGAUAAGCAUUCCUGAAGACACAGAAAUGGCUGUGGAAGCUCUGGAAGCUUCCUGCAUAGUAAAACCCAUGGCACAAGAUGCCACAGGGGCUAAGGGCCAAAACCAGGACAUGACCAAAGAUCACCGUAACACCAAACAGAAUAGUCGCUGGAAACGGAAGAUUAGAGCGACGUUCCCUCUGCUCUUCAUCAAGCACUUCCAGAGAAGCUGGCCGCUAGACAGAGAGGGACCAGAGACUGUCCCUGAAGCUGACUCUGACUUUGAGGAGAUCACUUCAGCAGAAAAACAAACUAACUCCGAAGACAGUUGCAAGACAUCUGCAGAUAACCAGAAUCCUUCAGAGGGAAGUGAGAAGAAAGAGCACUCGUCCACCCCAAAGAAACGCUUGAUGUUAUCUCUUUCUCAGAAAGAGAAGCUUCUGAACUGGGACAUGCUGGUCACACCAGAAGAAACUCUGAGUAACACAGACACCGAAACCACACAUCAACAUAAGGACCAGGUACAAGCAGAGACAGAAGCAGAUAAGCCUCAGACAGACUCGGGCCAGGACGGAGAACCAGCGCAGAGCCAAAGCUCAGCCUCGUCCCCCUCAGCCUUCCAGGUUAUAGCCAACGCCUUCAGGAGGACAUUUAGUGUGUCCAAUCCCUCCAGCAGCUCCAACACAGCAGUCACAAUGAGAACCAAACGUGACGGCACCCGCAAACAGAGGCCCAUGUCAGAAGGAGCAUUCAACUUCAACUCCCUCUCAAGUGCCAUGGCUGCAGAGCUGCCCAGAGAAGAGAAGGCGGCCGGAAAGCGUGAAGCUCGGUGGGCGUCUGUAGGGGCAGAUCCAUGGGGGGCUGGGCGGGACCUACCCUCUCUAUUGCAGCAGGUGUCCUUCAAGAGCCAGAGAGACUGUGAAGGGGUCUUCUCUGACGACAUGGCCUCGCUGUCCCGCAGGAGGGUUGACCUGUUCUCUUCCCUGAGGCUGAGGAAGAGGGAGGCGUUGGAGAGCGAGGGGAAUGACCAGGAGGUUCAAAAGGAAGUCAAGACAAUCCUCACCAACCUCAGAAACAAAGCCUCCAGUCAACAGAACCUGGAAGAGCCUUCCUCCACUGAUGAUGAAAAUGAAAACACAGCAUCUAAUCAAAAGCUGUAUUCAGAGAGACAGAGGAGGAAGCAAGAGAAGACGGUGGCCCAACAGGCUAAAAGAGAACAGCUGAAGAGGCUUCACAGAGCUCAGACGAUCCAGAGACAACUGGAGGAGGUUGGAGAGAAACAGAGAGAUCUGGAGGAGAGAGGAGUGGCCAUAGAAAAGAUCAUAAGAGGAGAAACAGAAGAGUCUCAGACAGAUGACAGUGACGAGGCCCAGCUUUAUCAGACCUGGUUUAAACUCGUUCUGGAGAAGAACAGAUUAGCGCGCUAUGAGUCCGAACUCAUGAUUUUUGCUCAGGAGCUUGAACUGGAGGACACUCAGAGCCGUCUGCAGCAAGAUCUCCGACGCAGAAUGGCAGUAGAAGAUACAAAGAAGAGCGCCUCUGAGCUGCAGGAGGAGCAGGGGAUCCUGUCUGAGAUCAUGAGGACGGUGGAGAAACGAGACAUGUUGGUGUCUAUACUUGAGGAGCAGAGGCUGAAGGAGAGGGCUGAGGACAGGGACCUGGAGAGCCUGGUGCUGUCCAAGGGCUACGAGUUCCACUGGGCCCAGGCGGAUGACAGCUGGGGGCAGGAGAAGCUGGAGCAAGAUUUGAAUGUUGAGCACCUCGGUGGUGAGGAGCAGGAUGGAUAGGGAAUGGUAGAAAAGUACUGCAAGGUUCUAUGCAAGACUAAUUUAAAGAAACAACCACAUUAGUUUGUAUCUGGUUUAGUCUCAUAAAGCUACAAAUCUAGAAAAUGCAGUGAGAAUGGAAAUUUUAUGAAAAUAUAGGUGUAUAUUUACCCUAAAGAACAGUAUGAGGCUUUGUUUGGUCUCAAAUUGUGCUGGUAUUCUGAGCUCAGAGAGGAAGAAUGGAAAUGGAGCCCAGCCUCAAAACUGAACUAAUGACUUCCUUAUAGCCACGAGGGCUAAUAACAUCUCUGCCAUUAAGGUUAUGUGACCUCUGUGCUAAGAAGUUUAAUCUGCAUUGCCCAGGCUGACACUGACCUGGAACUGGAUGCAAUAUGCUAAAGCACUUCUAAUAAUGUGACUAACUGCCUUUUAAAUGUAUGCAAACCUCUUAAAGCAAACUGACUGCCUAAUCAACAGCUGCUUUAUGUGGUGGCUUUCCUUUAGAGUGGAAUUAUUACUGUAACACUGUACACCAUCACUGGAUAUCACAUGGAACGACUCCUCACUUUUCCUGAAGUUUCAACGUUUUGCACAGCAUGAAUUGUUUUAAAUUUGUGUCAUAAAUCCAGAGAUGUGCUUGAUGUAAUUCAUUGUUAGUCACUUAUGUGUGUGAGUGAAAGCUCCCUUGUCAAUAUUAUCAGUUGUUAUUUUUUCACUUUGCGCUGGAACACUGUCAAAUAAAAUUCUGUUGUAUUUACACACAGACACAAAUGUACACAGGAGAACUGCAGUCAGCUGGUAAGGUGGACUAAUGCCAGGUGGCUUAAAGUUUAUCAUUUUUACUCUGCUGUGAUACAACUUACCUGCUUUCACUAAAACAACGUAAUUCAACACUGUGUCACGGGGCAGAAAACAGCUGCUGCACAGGUUGAAUUUUUUAUGCGUGUUGCACAUCAGGCCACACCCCAAUCAGUGAUGUUACAGCCCCUGUCUUCCAUUAGCUGUCAACACAAACCAGCUGCUGUGACGUAAUCGAUUGGGGGCGUGACCUGAGAUGCAACACCCCUGGAAAUUUUAACUCCUAGAGGGUGGCUGGCUGUCCUGUGCAAUUGAGUGUGGAGUUAGCUUGUGAAUAACUACUGUCAGUAAAACUGUGAUUGUUUUGUUUUACAGCUGGUUUUAACCCAAUGUGUAUGGGCUGUGAACCAAAAUAGUAGGGUUACCUCUGAAGCCCUCAUGAGAAGAUGAAUAAUUUGUUUACAUGAGUUUUUAUCCCAGGAAAAGCAACCAUACUUAUUAUUUGGUUCCUGGACUUUAAAUGUUGUUUGUUUGUGUUGUAAAUUAACAAACACUGCAUUCAGAAUAAGUUAUGUUAUCAUGAUUAAAAACUGCAAAUUGAUGUGUGUUAUGUUUCUACAUGUUUUGGUUUUAUGCUGCUUUCGUCUUUUUAAUUGAAAAGAGUCUUUAAUAAAAAUGGAUUUAAAAUG